GCGGGGGGGCCGCGGGUCCCACAGCGGCCUCCCGGGCGCCGCCCGCUGCUGAUGCCGCCGCCGCGGCCGUAGGCUCCCCCCGCCUCCCGGGGACACGGCGCACCGGUAUGAAGCGGUGCCGGUCGGACGAGCUGCAGCAGCCCGACGACGACCCCGGCGCCGUGGGGGAUCCGCCCGGCCCCGCCGCCAUGGAGGCCAAGCCCGGGGAGGCGGCGGCGGCCCCUGAGGCGGGUGCCGUCCCGCCGCCGCGCACCAAGCCCCCCGACCUGAAGAAGAUCCAGCAGCUCUCCGAAGGCUCCAUGUUCGGCCACGGCCUGAAGCACCUUUUCCACAGCCGCCGGCGAUCGCGGGAGCGGGAGCACCAGAACUCCCAGGACACGCCGCAGCCGCCGCCUCACUCCGGCCCGUCCGACCACGAGUCCCCUGACGAGAAGGAGAGAUCCCCGGAGAUGCACCGUGUCUCCUACGCCGUGUCCCUGCACGACCUGCCCGCACGGCCCACGGCCUUCAACCGCGUGCUGCAGCAGAUCCGCUCCCGGCCUUCCAUCAAGCGCGGCGCCAGCCUGCACAGCGGCAGCCGCCGGGCCAAGAGCGGCUCUUUGGAGCCUCAGAAAGGGAGCCCCCACCUCCUCCGGAAAGCCCCCCAGGACAGCAGCCUCACAGCCAUCCUGCAUCAGCACCAGGGUCGCCCCAGGUCUUCUUCCACCACUGACACUGCCAUUCUCCUGGCUGAGAGCGGGGCUGUUUACCUGCUGACUGAGGACACCGAGUGCCUGGCUGAUAAGCCCUUACCCAGAGCCAUGACAGAGGGAGAGGAUCCGGCCGCCUGGCGCAGCACCGGCCCCACGCUCUGCAGGAGUGACCAGGGCACCCUCAUGCCAGAACCACAUCCUCCUGACUCCUGUCCUGGGAAAAGGAUAUUGCUCUUAAAUUCUCUGCUGGGUGUCUUUCUGGACAAGGGGGACGUGGCAGCUCUCAGCCUGCCCUCCACCUCCGGGCACGGCGAUGCCGACGGCCCCGUGUGCCUGGACGUCCCUGAUGGCACCCCUGACCCUCACCGCACCAAAGCUGCCAUCGAGCACCUGCACCAGAAGAUCCUCAAGAUCACUGAGCAGAUCAAGAUCGAGCAGGAGGCUCGAGACGACAACGUGGCCGAGUACCUGAAGCUGGCCAACAACGCCGACAAGCAGCAAGCGUCCCGCAUCAAGCAGGUGUUCGAGAAGAAGAACCAGAAGUCGGCUCAGACCAUCGCUCAGCUGCACAAGAAGCUGGAGCAUUACCACAAGAAGCUGAAGGAGAUCGAGCAGAACGGCCCUUCCAGGCAGCCCAAGGAUGUUUUUAGGGACAUGCACCAAGGGCUCAAGGAUGUAGGAGCCAACGUUCGCUCCAGCAUCAGCGGCUUCGGUGGUGGCGUGGUGGAAGGUGUCAAGGGAGGGCUCUCAGGUUUGUCCCAGGCCACCCACACCGCUGUGGUGUCCAAGCCCCGGGAGUUCGCCAGCCUCAUCCGGAACAAGUUUGGCAGCGCAGACAACAUCGCCCACCUGAAGGACACGCUGGAUGAUGGGCACCCAGAGGAGGCUUCCAGGGCUCUCAGUGGCAGUGCCACCCUGGUCUCCAGCCCUAAGUAUGGCAGUGAUGACGAGUGCUCCAGUGCCACCUCGGGCUCGGCUGGUGGCAGCAACUCGGGGGCUGGAGCCGGUGGUUUGGGCAGCCCCAAGUCCAACACGUUGGACAGUCACCACAAUAACUUUGACACCAUCCUGGAGGAGCUGCGGGAGAUCAAGGACAGCCAGUCACACCUGGAGGACUCCAUGGAGGACCUGAAGGCCCAGCUGCAGAGGGAUUACACCUACAUGACACAGUGCUUGCAGGAGGAGCGGUACAGGUAUGAGCGGCUGGAGGAGCAGCUGAACGACCUCACCGAGCUGCACCAGAAUGAAAUGACCAACCUGAAGCAGGAGCUGGCCAGCAUGGAGGAGAAGGUGGCCUACCAGUCCUACGAGAGGGCACGGGACAUCCAGGAGGCCGUGGAGUCCUGCCUGACCCGAGUGACCAAGCUGGAGCUGCAGCAGCAGCAGCAGCAAGUGGUGCAGCUGGAAGGGGUGGAGAAUGCCAAUGCCAGGGCACUGCUGGGCAAGUUCAUCAAUGUCAUCCUGGCCCUGAUGGCCGUGCUGCUCGUCUUCGUCUCCACCAUCGCCAACUUCAUCACGCCGCUGAUGAAGACCCGCAUGCGCAUCCUCAGCACUGCCCUGCUCGUCCUCUGCCUCUUCUUCCUCUGGAAGCAUUGGGACUCCAUCACUUACUUUCUGGAGCACAUCCUGCUCCCCAGCUGAUCUGCAGCCCUGAGGCCUUUCCAUUUCCCCACAGAGGAGAGGGGCCAGGGGGGAGGAACAGUCAGUGGUCCAAAGCCUUCGGGUGGUUUCUUCACACGCUCAGUUUGUUGCUUUCCAGCCCCCCAUCCUCGCUGCAGCCAGGACCCCUCCGUGCUCUGGGGAUGUUUGGGGAGAGCAGGAUGGGGAAUGAGGAGAAGGAGGGGGUUUUUUUGGAAGAAACUGUUAAUUUAUGAGGCACUGGGGCUUUUGUAAGGGGUUAGGGUGGGUUCUGUUCGGAAGGAGCUUCUGCAGAGCUCCUGUCGAUGGGAAGGAUUGAGCUGGACCAAAGCCAACCCUGGGAACCCUUCCUGCAGAGACAGAGGAGAAAGGUUAGAGUGGGGGCUGAGUUUUUCCUUUCACUCUUGAAGUCCAACACAGCCAAAAAAAAGAGCUCACCCCCAGGAUGGAGCAAAAGCAAAGCACGUGCUGAAAGGAGAAAGCGGGUCCAAGACACAUGCAGCAGGACAUCCACAUCCCACCCCACCACAGCCUGGCCAGGACAGAGCAGGGCUGUGCCAUCAUCCCUGUGUCCUCACAGGGGGACUCAAGCCCACUUUUCCUUCCUUUAUUUAUUUCCCUUGCCUUUAGUUGAUUUGAUCUCUUCAGGGACACCUGGACUUGCCAGCAUCACACCUCUUGAGUUUCCCAGCCCCUGCACCGUGGUGUGUGUGUGUGUGUGUGUGUCUGUGUCUCUGUGUGUGUGUGUGGUUUGUAAUUUAAUUCAAGACCCUGGUUUCCAUUUGUGAAUCAAAGCUGGUGGAGGGGGGAGGGGGAAGAGGCAAGCAGCUGCCUCCCCAGCCCUGCCCAAGAGCACAGCAUGCUGUCUCA